UCUUGAGGAUAAUCCGAUUGUUGGACGAGGGAACGGGAACAUCCUCCGUGGGAAACUGCUGGGAGACAGUAGUCAUGGUUACUAUUCAGUGUACUGUGGCAUGGAGGUUGAUAGUGGCAGUCUAGUGUGUAUCUAUGAAUGGAUAAUACCAUGUAAGACACAGAAGAAGGCUGACACUAGGAGGAGCAGACAAGUUGCUAGUAUCAGACAGGAAUAUGAUUCAUUCAGUGAGAGGUUCAUCAAUCACUCAUCAAUUGUCAAAUAUUUAUUAAUGAGACACAAUCUCACCGAACAUGGGAUACUAGUGGAGGUUACUAUGGAGUACAUUACUGGUGGUAGUCUGAACUCUCUCCUUCAAGGAUCAAGUUCCUCUCCAAUAACUGGAAAAUCCCUCCAGCUUUAUAGUAAGCAGCUGCUGGAGGCUGUAGCUUAUCUUCACUCACAAGGAAUAGUCCACAAUGACAUAAGGCCGUCACUGGUUUUUAUUGAUCCUGUUCAAGGUGUCAAACUAGCUGGUCAUACCAUAAUCAAGAGGUUAUCCGAUUUGACGGGUAAAGUUAACGAGGAGGCGUGGCCUAGAGGCUUCUUCACUAAACUAGGAGGAAAGAAAACCGAUAUUUUAAAACUAGUAAAUUAAUAGUAAAUUAUUAGUGUAUUAUUACAAUAAGUAUAGGUUAUACACCGAGGUCGAGGUUUCUAUGGGAUUUAUUUACCGAGGGACGCAGUCCCGAGGUAAAUAAACCCAUAGCAACCGAGACCGAGGUGUAUAACAGACUUCUACCAUGCCAAAUCUGUAGCUAAGAAACUGCCUAUGAUUAGCAAGGCUUUAUAAAAGCACAAGGCCUCUUUACUUCUUUGUAUCUUCUUAAAAGAAACGGGAAAAUCUCUUCUUCACUCGCGCCAUGUGUGUACAGUAAAACACGCCCAGAACACGCCUUUCCAAAUUCCACUCCACCCAUUAAGAAGUUUAUCACAUGGCCCAAUGCUUUUGAGGCUCUAUUUCUUUCUUUUAGAUGUUCUUUGCUGCUUUCUCUGCUAAAAAUGAUUACUCCAGACGCCAUAGCUAUGCUUCGAGGUAAAUAAUUAGAAACCUGUUUGCUCCCGGGCUGUCCGCAAGGUAAAUAACUAAGAAAACCUGUUUGGCGACUUUAAUAAGUUGGCCAUAUUUACCUCGGCGAGGUAAAUAAGCGAUUAUAUUUACCUCGUAGGACGCAAUCUGAUUGGUCAAUUGCAAGUAGGCAUGGUAGAAGUAUAGGUUAUACACCGAGGUCGAGGUUUCUAUGGGAUUUAUUUACCGAGGGACGUAGUCCCGAGGUAAAUAAACCCAUAGCAACCGAGACCGAGGUGUAUAACAGACUUCUACCAUGCCAAACCAGUUACAAACAGGUUUAUUUCAUUGCUUAGCAACCAGUAAAUCUUUAAAAGUAGCUAGACUUCAGACACAGCGAUGGAAGUAAGAGCAAAGGGGGUCAUUUCAGCUGCUCUUUCCUCUACUCUUUCUCGAUCUUCACCUAUAC